AUGAAAGCAAACGGAAAGCUUCAAAAGACUAUUAGCAAUGAUAAACUUGACUUGGGUCAACCACGACUUGCUUCCCAUGGUUCAUCCAGAGAUUGCCUCUGCAUAACUGUGAGUUAUCAACUCUUUAUCUACACUGUGCUACCUUCGGUUUACUUCAGCUUUCCGGCGUUCAUGAAUAGUAGCAUCCCGUCUGGUCUUAAUGUUGAGUAUAAGCAUGAUAGCCAACUACUUUUGAUCCAAACAAAAUUCAAUCUUCAGAUGGCAACUCAAUGGACCGAUACAAUAUAUACUGGAGGUCUGGAGCUAAUCGAACAUGUUAUGCAAUUUAGACCUCAAACACUCUUGCAUGGCCAUGAGUUACCUGGAAAUGCUCUGUCAUUCCUAAGUGUGCCAUCAAAAGCCAAACAUGAGUCAGAAAUUCUCCCCCUCUCCCAAGCUGCUGUGAAUGGUGGAACACUCUGCAAUGAGCAGCUGCAUACGCCAGAAUCUCAAUCCAUACUUGACUCAUCACUUUCCACAUUAUCUCCCUGUUUUUCAUCUUUCUCAAAGCUAAUGCAAGUCUACAACCAUCAAAGAGCAUCAGAUAUUUCGGUAAUAGGGCUUUUCAUUUUGAAGAAACGAAUGGCUUCAGCACAUGUGUCACGAUACCUGAUCAUGCCGAUACCUAUUGGCAGAAUUUCAGGAUAUCAGCCCAAUCUGAAUGGAACAUGGUAAUGGUCCGUAUCACUGUGAAAAUGGAAGCCAACAAGUACUAAGAGAAGGAGAAGAACACCAAUAGCACGAAGUAUGAGGCCCUUAUUUGUAUAAAGCACACUUGCCUUUGUGUAAAGCAUAUCAUAUACAAAUCCAAGUUCAAUCUCCACAGCACGGAAAACUUCACAAGCUGAAUCAAGAUGCUGAAAAUACGAUGUGCUUCUAUCCCUAUCUUCGUAUGUGAGUAUAAGACCAACAAAAAGACGCUUGAAUGUUUGGAAUAGAUUGUAUGCUUCGAAUAUUUCUUCACGCCCAGUUUGGGAAUAUGCACGAAUAGUUGGAAGAGCAUUCUCCAAAACCUCCUCAACCUUCACAAUGAAACCCUGUGACUUUUUCAACAGAAAUUCCUCCAGGAAUUUGACAUAAUCAGGACCCGGGUCAGCAGGACCAAGCAUUGUCUCUCUGAGAUGCUCAGUGUUUGCUAACCUUAGAGCCUGAACACGUUCAAAACACUUGAUGCAACCGGAUGCAUAAACCAGUAUGCUUAGCAGGGGGAGAUGAGAACAACCUGGCCAAGACAACAAAAGGAUAUAUAAAGCUACUCCUGAUUGGAACAGAAGAAAAACCAAAUGUCUUAACCAAAGAUCGUUGUCUUCCAAGGAGUAAGCAGUAAUGGUGUCUGCACCACCAAGGUGAAGAAAGAGAAACUGUGCCCAAAAACCCAUGAGCUCACGUGUGUUGGAUCUGUGAUGUUUUGAAGCAGGAUGAGAUUUGUUGCAUGAUUCCAAGGCACUUUGGGCAGUAAUACUAAGGGCCACUGGGACAAUGGCGUAAGCCAAAAAGUAAACACACCAAAGAGUGAUUCUGAUUAUAGUCUUUGGAUUGUAUUUCCGAAGGUUUCCUAAAAUACUUAAGAUGAUCUGCAAAAUAAGGCUGGUGGGAACCAAUACUUGUAGGACGUGCUCAUUCCAUGUCCUUUUAACAUCAUUUGGUAUCACCUGAAAUUUCAUCUGAUGUUCAAGCAUGUUCAAACCUGUAAAACGAAAAUAAGAUAAAAAGAUAAGAAAGCAAGCUACAAGUUUGAUGUUGAUGGAGGAGUAGGAGACCAUGGUAUAUUUAAUACCAAAGUUGAUGUCCAACAAACAUUUUAUAAGCAUACCAUGGAGGAAGAAAGAAGCAUAAAGAAAAAGUAAAAUGUUAACUAACGAACCAAAAGGCAAAACAUACCGGUGGCAGUCAUAACCCAACUGGAUCCUUAAAAGAAAUUCAAAUAAGAAAAGUGUCAGUAACCAAAAAUCCUAAAGUAGAUUCUUGAUUUUGUCUUGAAGGGAACUGAUCACUAUAUAUAUACAAAAAGAUGAGAUCUCCAUUAGUAUGUAAGUUGUAUGUUUUUCUGGUAACAAAGAAAACACCACUAUAAUUUCUUGGUAAAGUUUUGCAAAAAGUUAUGUAAUUUGUACUUAAAUUUUCUAGCAAGAGGCUCUUGGUCAGACAUAUUUAGACGUAACAUAUUGCCACACAUAAGGGGACAUGUUUUUUUUUUACUGUUCAUGAGGUUAUCUUCUAUGAUGUUUCAGGGAAAUAUUCCCUGAAAUGCAACCCUUUCGUGACUUUUGAAAUAACAAAUUUUCAGACCCCUGAGGCUGGUGUGGUAAGGAUGGGGCACUGGAGGAGGUGUGUAUUACCAUCAACUAGAAAUAAGCAGAAACUUUCUUAUGAUUUCAUCAAUUAGUUUCAAGGUUUUAUUUCUUUCAUAUUGUAUUUUUCCUAUGAAAUAGAAGUUGGGCCCAUCGAUUUCUCCUUGCCUUGAAUUUUCUUGAUCAUUUCAUCUAUGAAUAGUCUGACUACACAUGAAACAAUCAGUUUCCUCUGGCCUUAAAUGAAAUUACCCUGUUAUAGAGACUGAAACUUCACAUCAAAUACAUUAUCAUUUUCACAAUAUACAACUUCAUAUUUAAGGAUUAGUUUGGCAAGAAGUAAAAAGGGAAAGGUAUACUGUGAAUAUUAUAAUUUUGUUUUUAAUUUUCAGUCUGAGAUAAAUAAAUUGGCAGGAUAUAUGACACAGAGCCUUACUCUCAUGUAGUACCUCUUUCUUCUGUCCUCCAUUCUGUUAGUAUACAUUUCAGCAAUUCCAUAUACUUCAGGGUUACUUUGGCAUCUAUCCAUAAGUAUUGGUAGCUUCUAUAUUUAUUCAUAAUUAAUUAGGUU